AUGAAGUACGUUGUUGUUUCAGGUGGUGUCAUUUCAGGUAUUGGUAAAGGUGUUCUUGCAUCUUCAACCGGUAUGUUAAUGAAAACCCUCGGCUUAAAAGUCACUUCCAUUAAAAUUGACCCUUAUAUGAACAUCGAUGCAGGUACUAUGUCACCUUUGGAACAUGGUGAAUGUUUCGUGCUAGAUGAUGGUGGUGAAACAGAUCUAGACUUGGGUAAUUAUGAAAGAUACCUUGGUGUUACGUUGACAAAAGAUCAUAACAUUACCACUGGUAAGAUAUACUCACAUGUUAUUGCUAAGGAAAGGAAAGGUGAUUACUUGGGUAAGACCGUGCAAAUCGUCCCUCAUUUAACCAAUGCUAUCCAAGAUUGGAUUGAGCGUGUUGCCAAGAUUCCCGUAGACGACACUGGGUUGGAACCUGAUGUUUGUAUUAUUGAAUUGGGUGGUACUGUUGGUGAUAUCGAAAGUGCUCCUUUUGUGGAAGCACUAAGACAAUUUCAAUUCAAAGUCGGCAAGGAAAACUUUGCAUUGAUUCACGUCUCUUUGGUACCUGUCAUUCAUGGCGAACAAAAGACUAAGCCAACUCAAGCUGCUAUUAAAGGUUUGAGGUCUCUUGGUCUAGUUCCAGAUAUGAUCGCCUGUAGAUGUAGUGAAACUCUGGAUAAGCCAACAAUCGAUAAGAUUGCCAUGUUUUGUCACGUGGGGCCUGAACAAGUGGUCAACGUUCAUGAUGUUAACUCUACUUAUCAUGUUCCAUUGUUGUUACUUGAACAAAAAAUGAUUGACUAUUUACACGCCAGAUUAAAGUUAGAGGAAAUAUCACUAACUGAAGAAGAAAGAGAAAGAGGUUUGGAACUAUUGUCUAAAUGGAAAGCUACAACAGGUAACUUCGAUGAAUCCCUGGAAACUGUUAAAAUUGCUUUGGUUGGGAAAUACACUAAUUUGAAAGAUUCCUAUUUGUCGGUUAUAAAAGCUUUGGAACAUUCAUCCAUGAAGUGUCGUCGUAAAUUAGAGAUUAAAUGGGUGGAAGCUACUGAUUUGGAACCCGAAACCCAAGAGAGCAACAAAACUAAAUUUCAUGAAGCCUGGAACAUGGUUAGUACUGCGGACGGUAUUUUGAUUCCCGGUGGUUUUGGGAUUAGAGGUACCGAAGGUAUGAUUUUAGCUGCUAGAUGGGCUCGUGAAAACCACAUCCCAUUCUUAGGUGUUUGUUUAGGUUUGCAAAUUGCUACCAUUGAAUUCACGCGCAGUGUCCUUGGAAAAAAGGACAGUCAUUCAGCAGAAUUUUAUCCAGAUAUUGAUGAGAAGAAUCACGUUGUAGUCUUCAUGCCUGAAAUUGACAAGGAAACCAUGGGUGGCUCGAUGAGACUUGGUUUAAGACCAACAUAUUUCCAAAACGACACUGAAUGGAGUCAAAUCAAAAAAUUAUACGGUGAUGCCUCCGAAGUCCACGAAAGACAUCGUCAUCGUUACGAAAUUAAUCCAAAUCUUGUUGACGAAUUGGAAGGUAAUGGGUUGAUCUUUGUAGGUAAAGAUGACACUGGGAAGCGUUGUGAAAUUUUGGAACUAAAGAAUCAUCCAUACUACAUUGCAACUCAAUAUCAUCCGGAAUACACAUCAAAGGUCUUGGAUCCAUCCAAACCCUUUUUGGGUUUGGUUGCUGCUUCUGCUGGAAUCCUUCAAGAUGUUAUUGAUGGUAAAUACAAUCUCGAAGCCAGCGAAAACAAAUUUAACUUUUAA